AUGUGUCGCUUUUUGGUCUAUCGAGGCAGCGACGAGAUCCUACUCUCUAAGUUAAUUCUAGACCCGACACACUCUAUCCUUAAGCAAUCAUUCGACUCUCGACUUAGACUGGACACGCGACGCGGCCAGAAUAAUGCAGAUGGUUUUGGCAUUGGUUUCUAUACCGAUCCGAAACUAGGUCCCGCUCCUUGUCUCUUCACUUCAACCAUUCCCGCUUGGAACUGCACCAACCUCCAUCGUAUCGCCUCCAAGACGGCAUCAAGACUCGUCUUCGCGCACGUUCGAGCAACCACUGAAGGAUCCCUAAGCGAGGAUAACUGCCACCCUUUCUGCCAUGGAAGCUUGAUGUGGAUGCACAAUGGAGGUUUGGGAGGCUGGAAACAUAUCAAGAGGAAGCUAGGUGAACGACUGCACGACAAGUGGUACCUUUGCGUACAAGGCGGAACUGAUAGCGAGUGGGCAUUCGCUCUAUUCCUCGACCGCCUCGAGCGUCUGGGCGUCAACCCCAGCUCAGAACCCAGGAAUGGCUUUGGGCCAGGUGUUCUACGAAGAGCCCUCUUACAAACAAUCGAGAUUAUCAACGAGCUUACUAUGGCUAUACCAGAGAGCACCAUCCAGAGUGAGAAUGUAGACACUCGAAGUCUGUUAAACUUCGCAGUUACGGACGGACAUAGCAUCAUCUGCACAAGAUACGUGAGCAGCAAGACUGAUGAAGCAGCAAGCUUGUACUAUUCUUCGGGUACCCAAUGGGAGACCAAUCUGUCUACUCCGAAUGAUCGAGAUUACCAGAUGGAACGCCGCGAUAAAGGAGCAGAUAUCGUCCUCGUAGCUAGCGAACCUCUGACAUUCGAACGAGAAAAUUGGGUCAAUGUUCCCACCAACUCCAUUUUGACCAUUCACGGCCAAACUGUAAUGGUAAACCCAAUCAUCGACGCUUAUUCAGAUCGCGAUCCGUAUCACAAGCGUUCCUCUGCAUUUGCGCAAACGAAGGGUCUUACUACCAACGAGAAGGCAGCUCCCCGCGUUACCAGUCCUCUACCCACGCCGAGUAUCGAUCUCGACAGUCACAAGCGCAUUCUUGCUCCAUUAAUUCCUGCCGGUAUCGGACGAAGUCGAACACCUGAAGGCCCAUCGUUACCAAUUCGAAACAAGACACCACUUGCAUACUCGGAAUCGGCCUCCGCCUCGUCCUCAUCCGAUAUCCGUGCUCCUCCAAGUGAACCCCGGCCUCGUACAGAGCCACGUCCAGAUCUUGGUAACAAACUUCCGUCGCAGGGUAAUAUCAAAAAGAAGAGGCGUUCGCUUAAUAUCGGAGAACAUCCUCACCCUGCCGACCACCAAGUCGAUGUAGAGUUGCCGAUGCCGGAUAGCCCGGUGCCAAGUUCCGUAUCGAGAGGCCCUGACUAUACCACAUCAGAGAAGGCAGCUCGCGUUCUCGGGAUGGCUCUUUAG